AUCUAUCCACGAUGGGCGGGGGGCGCGUUAGACUAGUGUGUCCUUUUGACUGGGAACUGACCGCCACGGAAGAGAACUGGCGCAACCUGAUGUGAUGAUGCCAUUGCUCGUCGGAGCAGUCUGAUCUCAUUGCCGCCGUUAGCGGUGGCAGCCGUUGAUUUCGAGAUUUCACGCUUCACAGAGAGACACAGACAGAGCGAGAGAGAUUCUUUUGCGGUUCGUCUUCCUCUAUCUGAUGAGAUGAGCAUCAUCAAGACUCAAGGAAGCUCUGCUGCGAUCCGCACUCUCUCCCCUCCAUCACCAUCUUCAUCGACGUCGUCGUCAUCUUCUUCAGCCCCUCGAUGCGCUCACAGCCACCGCUCUGCUCCUCCUCACCCUCACCUUCAUUCCCAUCCUCAUCCUCCUUCAGAUAAUGCAGCUUGCAUGGCACCUAAUUGGAUUGGCAAGGGCCUGACUUGUGUUUGCUUCAAGCGGAAGGGAACAUAUGAACGGAUUUGUAUUAGUUUGACACCCCUGCAGGAGGAAAGACUUGGGAGGUUGAAACAUAGGAUGAAAGUAUAUUUUGACUCUUCAAGACCUGAUCACCAGGAAGCUUUGAGGGCUCUAUGGUCAGCUGCGUUCCCUGGUCAGGAACUUCAUGGUUUGGUAUCUGAUCAAUGGAAAGACAUGGGAUGGCAGGGAAGAGAUCCAUCAACUGAUUUCAGAGGAGCUGGAUUCAUUUCAUUGGAGAACCUGCUAUUUUUUGCCAAGAACUUUACGAGAUCUUUUGAGAGACUACUGACUAAGCAAGGAGGAAAACGAGCGGCGUGGGAGUACCCCUUCGCAGUUGCCGGGGUGAAUAUUACAUUCAUGAUCAUGCAAAUGCUUGACCUUGAAGCGACGAAGCCCCGGACAUUUGUUAGAGCAGUUUUCUUGCAGAUGCUAUCAGAAAACGAGUGGGCAUUCGACUUGCUGUACUGCGUAGCAUUUGUGGUUAUUGACAAACAAUGGCUCGAGAGGAAUGCUACGUACAUGGAGUUCAAUGAUGUUUUGAAGUCGACUCGAGCUCAGUUGGAGCGGGAACUUCUGAUGGACGAUGUCUACAGGAUUGAGGACAUGCCCUCUUACAGCCUCCUCUGCUAAUAAAGCCGAAUUCUCAUAUACGAUCUCCCUCCUCCUCAUGGUUGCAGAGUUGGCAAGUGGAUGAACCUGGUAUUAUCACUACCCCGGGCAACUAAUUUUUCGAUCCAGUCCGACCCAAAGCAGUCGUUUCUAUUGGACCCGAGCCUGUCAUUGCUAUACUUUAAGGAGCUUUUGAGAGAUAAAAGAUAGAUAUCGUGGAUGCCUUGCCUUGCCUUGCCUUUCUGAUCUGUUCGUUUACUUUCGAGGAUUAGUCGACUGUAUUACGAUCCGAAAGAUUCCCAAAUAAUCUUAAUCGGGUGAAACUACUGACAAAUUUCCAUUUCUC